AUCGGGAAAGAGAGGAUGACUCCUGUGUCCGCCAUAUUGGCAAUGUCAGAUGUCAUGUCAUAGACGCCUAGUGACUUUAUUCGUGAUUUUCCUGCAAAAUAAGUGAAAAUAGGUGAAGAAAAGUGCUGAAACGCGUGGCAAAGGUGUCGACAAAGUGCGUGGUGUAGGUAUUUGUAUGGUAGAGACGAAUCCCAGUGCGCUGAGAGAGGAUCUUUCCGGACACUUUGGGUGCGCUUCUCCAGUGGAGUCGGGAGUGUUGGGUCGGCGAAAGCAGGGGCGUACGGACCUUUUUUCACGCAUUUUUGUUCCACAUUUGCACACCACCCACCCCCCAACCGCCCACCCGUGUCAUCCCAGUCGUGUGCAGUGCGCCAGGAGCUGCGGUAGACUUGCGAUAGAGUCCUGAGCUUGGCGGGGCGGAGACAUUCAGGUUGACAAAGAUGGGCGACGAGUCGCAGCCCAAGACCCUGUACGUGGGCAACCUGGACAAUUCGGUCUCUGAGGACCUGCUGUGGUCGCUCUUCGGUCAGAUUGGUCCCGUGAAGAACUGCAAGAUCAUCCGUGAGCCGGGCAACGAUCCUUAUGCCUUCAUUGAGUUCAUUAAUCACCAGUCGGCCAGCACGGCGCUGACAGCGAUGAAUAAGCGCCACUUCCUGGACAAGGAGAUGAAGGUGAAUUGGGCCACGAGUCCGGGUAAUCAGCCCAAGGCGGACACCAGUUCGCACCACCACAUCUUCGUGGGCGACCUGAGCCCGGAGAUUGAGACGGAGACGCUGAGGGAGGCGUUCGCGCCGUUCGGUGAAAUUUCCAACUGUCGCAUCGUGCGUGACCCACAAACGCUCAAGUCCAAGGGCUACGCAUUCGUGUCGUUCGUGAAGAAGGCUGAGGCGGAGAAUGCCAUACAGUCGAUGAAUGGACAGUGGCUGGGGUCCAGGUCCAUUCGCACCAACUGGAGCACCCGCAAGCCGCCGCCGCCGCGCGAGAACAGCAAGGGCGUGAAGGGUGGGAAGCCCUCGUACGAGGAGAUUUACAAUCAGACGAGCCCCACGAACACCACCGUGUACUGUGGCGGCUUUGCGGCGAACAUGAUCACGGAGGAUCUGGUGCACAAGCACUUCGGUCAGUUCGGCGCCAUACAGGAUGUGCGGGUGUUCAAGGACAAGGGCUACGCCUUCAUCAAGUUCACCAGCAAGGAAGCUGCCACGCAUGCCAUCGAGGCGACCCACAACACCGAGAUCAACGGACAGGCGGUGAAGUGCUUCUGGGGCAAGGAGAACGGCGGCGACGCCACCAGCAACGCCCAGCCAUCCAGUCAGGCGCAGCCGGUGCAACCGCAGGGCGCCCAGUACCCCUACUCGUAUCAGCAAAUGGGCUACUGGUACCAGCCGGGAUAUCCAGCGGCACAGAUGCCGGCGCAGUACAUGCAACAGGGCUACUAUCCCUACGCCUACACGAGUCCGCAGCAAGGAGCCGGAGAUAUGUUUUCAGCAUAUCGCAUGGUCCAGCCGGCCAAUACGAUGUACAUGGGAGUGCCCACGGUACAGACUGUUACGGCGGCCACGAAUGGGGCCACCGCGAGUCAGCCACAGAUUAUGUAUACGGCGAUGCCACAGUAUCAGACACAAUGAGACGAACCCAACACUGAGGACACAGCAGCACAAACAACCAAGAGGAUCAAGAGAUAGGAAUUUGACAGGCAUUGUCCACAUGCGGGGAAGAUGAGAAGAAACUUGUAUAACUUGUAAGAAUUUGCUAUACAUACCUUUAUAUAUAUAAAUCUCACGCGCUCACGAAGGAAUCCUUCCAGAAAAACAUGCAAAAGUGACGAAAGAAUGAUUUGAGUUCAAGGGUAUUUUUUUUUAAUUAGUUUACGAGAAGACAUUCUUUGAUUUUUUUUUGUUUUUCAAGCAUGAUUUUCUGAAGAAAGAACAAGAGAGAAGAAAAAAACAUCAUUUCCUUUCGAGAAAAGUCUCUUCUCCGGGUUGUUUGUGACGAUCGCGGUAUAUCAAAGUAAAGAAGGGAAGAAAAACACUCUUGUCUCGUGAGAAGUAAAGAAAAUUCCAUAGAAUAAUCUCUAUGAAAUUCUCUAUUUAGUGAAUUGUUUUUGUGCUUUUCUUUUUUGGAAAGAUUAUCCAAAAUCGUGGGUAAAGAGAAAUGCGAAAUGUUAGAUUUUGCAGGGUUGGAGAAAAAGGACAAAAAAUGUAUAUGUAAAAUAAACUGAAAAUAUUCCCUUUGUAUUGUGUAAGAAAAUUUGGAUUUAAUCAAUUUAAGGAAUAUCUUCUUUGCAUACGUGAAGUGAAAUGGAGCAAAACUGUAGGUUUUAACAAAAAAAAGGAAGAGGAGGAGAAGCUGCGAUGCGGGGGGAAAUGCGCAUUGAUUUUUAAGAGAAAAUGGGUAUUGAGAAAUGUGUGAUAUAUGUUAAAGAAAAAAAAGAUAAAAGAAAAAAGUACGGUAAAUAGAAAAAAUACACACGAGACUCCUUUUAUCGUCAAAAUAUCAAUAUUUUUCGAAUAUUUUUUGUGUGUGGUUUUCUUUUUUGAAACAUUUUCACGCACUUUCUGCUAUAAAUUAAGCAAAGAAACAAAAUUUUUCCUAUUUUAACAUUUCUAAAAAAAAACAUUUAUACAUAAUAUUGACAAACUUUGGCAAUACAGCAAUGCUAAUAUUUUAAUUUAUUUUUCCCUUAGCUUCUUAUAAAAUAACUCUUAGAUUUUUUUUGUGUGUGAGUAUUUUGGUUGGUCGGAAUAACUUAAAUCAAUGUCAUUUUGUCUUCGGUUACGUAUUUAACAUGCUGAAGAAAAUACAGUCAUGCCAAAAUUAAUCAUAUCUGAAAUUUUGAAUAACAAAGAGAAACGAAAUUUUUUUCACAAAAGACCUGAGAAUUCAUAAGAAAUGGAGAAAAAAGAAAUUCGGUAAUUUCCCCCUCAAAAAGAGUAAAGAAAACUAUAUUGGAAAUCACAAUAUUGUUAAAGACAAGAUUUGCGAACGAGGAUGAGAAGAGAUUAGAUUAGGACAAAGUAAUAAAAGAAAAUGUAACCUGCAGACAAGAUUGUGUCUGAAAAUCUUUUGUAAAUAAAAGUGAGUGGAUUGAGAAGUGAGAAAAAGAUGCGGAGGAAAACCGUGAAUAAGUGUGAAAGGAGAUCAACAAAUCAAAGUAUAAUAUUAUUAUCCAUUUCAUUACUGAAGAGAAAAGAAGUAUAAAGCAUUACCUGUUUCCCAAAAAGAUCACGGAAUAUGUAAAUACAAGGAUAACAAAGCUAAAAAUGGACGGUCAAGAGAGAGAGUUAUAAUGUGUAAAAUAAGCCGCUGAAAAAGGAUUAUUUGGGGGUGAUUGUUGUGGGGAAAUAUAAAUCUGUACAAAAGUACAUGAGCAAAGUGAAGAAGAAGUCUAUGAAGAGUGAGUAAUUGUGGGCGGAAAGUCGAUGAAGGGGAGAAAUAUUAUCACUAAAAAAAAACGCUGCAUAAUUUAUUACUACGACGAGGAAGAGAGUAUGAUUUGACGGAGUUUAGCGCGCAGAUCAGAUCAGACUGCAGAAAUUUAAGGACAAAAAAAUACGUUGUGGAUGAAGAUAUAUUUUUAUACGAUAUGUGCUUUUGAUCCCGUUGAAACGAAGGGAGAUUUUGAGGAAAAAUGCAGGAUUUUUCUUGCAUUGGCAGUGACGAAAAAAAAGGGGUUUGGACUUGAUGAUUUUUGAUGGCAUUGUAUUUUCUCGAUGAUCAUUUUCGAGGGUCCAGCCAAUAUCGAAGAGAAAGGACACACGCACGCACUUUCGCUAUUGAAAUUCAUUUCACGCAUGGAAAAUAUUCAAGGCAAAUUAUUCUACAUUCCAAUAGCAUAUCAGCAGCAGACAACGAAAAGAUAUUUUUUGAAAAUGUUUUUCCGUGUGUUUCUCAUUAGAAACAUGGUUUUUUGGGAUUGUUUAUUUGGAUAAUUGAGAUAUCGAAGAUAACUUUUAUUAUAAAAAUUUAAUUUGCCAGACAAAAUGUGUCCUUUGAAUUAUCAUCACUCAAGUGUUUGGAGAAGAAUAUUAUGAAGAAAUCAUCCUGAACAUUGAAUAUCGAUCAACGGAAAGUGAAAAAAAAGAGUAGAGAGAAAUAUUUAUUUUAUAGGAGAAAAGAUGAGCAAAAGUGGAAGAAUAAAACCAUGAAAUGUUCAAUUUGCGACUCCUCUUUUUGCAAGUGAAUAUAGUUUGAUGAGAAGUGGUUAGUAAGUCGAGUAUGUUUUAUAUAAUAAACAAUAUACAACCUUAAUUAAUAUGAAUGGGUGAAAUUUGCCGCUGACGCGAAGUUGAGAAUUCUGAGAGCAGAGAAUUGAGUUUGAGCGAAGGAGAUGGAAUAUUUGGUGAGGAUUUGUGUAGGUUUUUAAGAGGUUUGGGAAGGAAGUUUGGGGAGAAAAGAUGAUGGAAAAAUAGAUUGUAAGAA